AGAAUAUUACGUGUUCGCGGAAGAUUAUAUGCAGAUGUCUCAAAUGGAAUACUAAACUUAAAAAAAAAAAAAAACAAUAGUAAGUCCAAAAUGUACCUAUAUAGUAUAUAUAAUAUAUUAAGUCAUAGUAACGCAGAGACAUAGAAUUAUUAUUGUGUUGCUACCAUAAAAUAUAUAAGCCCUACCCAAUGUUGCAGCAGACCAAUUCGGAAAGAAGGGAAAACACUUUUUAUGCGUUUCGCUCUGACUUCAUCGCGUUACACCGGUCAUUUAGUACUAUGCAAUCAACACUGCUGUAAUAUACAUCUUAUAAUAAAUUACAAUGUGUACAUAUUACAAUAAUUACCAUCGGAAAAAGUGUAAUUUAAUUGAUUUAGACGUUUUGUUCUUUUUUCCUCCGUUAUAUUUUUCAUUUUUAUCAAAUGUUAUUUAAUGUUCGAAUAUAAAAAUAAAAAAUAUAAAUUAGAAUAGUGCCAAACACGCGUGAUAAUUGAGUACAAAUAUGAAUGUAAGUGAAAAAUCAUAAUUAUUUCUUACUUAUAUAGUAGUAUUAUAUAGUUAGUAUUUACAAUUUUAUUUCAUUGAUAUAAUAUGUAUAUUACUUAUAUUACUUGUAUUACUAAUACCUAUAUUAUUUAUUAAUGAUAUGUAUUCUAAUGAAUGAAAUCUCUCCAAUUAAAUAUUGUAAAAUUCACAUUUUUAGAUAUAUACUUGGUUUAUACUUAUAGGUAUACCGGUUAAGUUAAAUUUGUCCAUUUAAGCUUCGUUUUUAUAAACUAUUAAAUUGCAAUCGUCAUGUUUGUAUGACCAUCUCAAUUUUAAAUGACAACAUAAAACCAGCAUGUAUUUUUUGAUAUAAAUAAUUUUUAAAUUGUAUCAAUUGGAUAAGUAAAAAUACGUAAAAAAAUAAAAUAUGCAAUUUUUCGCAAAUUGUAAACAAUUUAUUUUUAUACUGAUUUUUACUAAUCGAAUUAAAAACUAAAUCUGUAAUCAAGACUAUAAUAGAGUGACUUUUAAAACUUUAUUUUCUUGUUUUAAGCACUUAAUAAUUGGAAUUAUUACCAUUAAAUCAAUAAAAAUAAAACUAUAAAGUAAGAUAAUUACUUAAACUUUUAUUAAUAAUAUUUUAGAUUCCAGUGAAGUAUUUACGAUUUUUUUCUGAGGGAGAGAGGAAAUUAAAAAAUAACUGAAUCAAUGAAAAUUAAUAAAAAAAAUUGUAUAUUUCUUGAAAAAUUGUAUUAUCUUAUAUUUACUAAUACUGUAAAUCUUAUGAGAUAAUAGUAAUAAAUAAACUAACUAAUGAAAAUAAAAAUAUUUAAUUUGUCUAGUAAGUUAAUUUUUCUAAAUUAUGCCGCGAAUAGCUUUUUUAAUUUCGUUUAGUCGAAAUCUAAAUAAUUAAUAGAUAUUUCCGAAUAUCCCAUUUCCUGAAGCAUAAGAAAUCAAAAAAUUAGGAGUACUAUGUGUUGUUGGGUUCAUGGGGGUUGUGGUUUAUAAUUUUAUGCUGAAGAAAAUAAGUAUUUUAUCGAUAGAAGAUAUUGAACGUGAUUAGGUACUUAUUAAUUUAUAACGCAAUCAAAUGUUCAAUGAAACUACAAUAUUCUUCAUCUGACAAACAAGAAUAAUUUAUUUUUAUUUUUAUUUUUAGAUGUGAAUCCCCUAUCCCCUUCCCCCGUAACUAUGCCAUUGAUUAAUUCGAUUAAGAACUGCAAUAUUAAAUUUAAAAAAAAAAAAACAAAAUACAAAUCUUUUUCAAUGUGACAUACUUGAUUUUAAAUUGAUUUUGAUUAUAAAUUUAAUAUAAUAUGUCACGAUCGACAUGAAUAUAAUUUGAUGUUCUAUAAUGUUAAUGUUUUAUUACAUGUUAGAUACUGAACAAUAACUGUAAAUCUAAUUUUAACGCCGUGUUCUGUAGUGUAAUAAUAUUACAAUGUUUAUUAUUAUGAAACUAUAUAUAAGUAAUAUUUACUAUUAAAAAUAUAUAAUACCUACUUAAUAACAUUAUAAAGAUUCGUCUACAACACGUGCGUCUAUAUACACAUCACACACACAUAAUAAUAAAUCUAAUAUCUAAUAGUAUUAUUACUUUAUUAAACGAUCUCUCUACAGUUUAGGUAUUGUUACAAAAAUAAUAAGUACCUGCCUAAUAUUAUUAUCGUCGAGUUAUAUAUUAUUACUUUUUAGUGUUGUACGUAUCUAUAUGAGUAAUAAUAAUUAUAUUACGACGUUACUGCAGUUACUUUUUCACGCACUAUUAUAUUAAGUAUAUGCUGGACACAAUAAUGUUUACACAUUUAAUAUGUUCUACAUUUUUACAAUAAUUUAUUAUAAGAUAAUCGACAAACAUGAAAUUUGAAAUUAUUCGUAAAAAUAACCAUUUAAAUGGUAUUAUAUACUAAUUCGUUGGUUAGAGAAAUAUUGUUUAAAGGUUUUAAGGUUAAAAUGAUAAAGUAAUGAUAAGGAUCGUUUUAUAUUUAAAAACCGGCAUUGUUAUUUGAAUUUUCUUUUAGUAUUUUCAAAUUCUGAGUGCAGCGAAAAAGCUGUCAUCACUUUUACUAAGAUGUUUUAUUUUCUCCUAAAAAAUACUACAAUUUUUUUCUUUAAACCACUUGUAUCUAACUCAAAAGACACAGAUUUUUCACUUAGCUUGAAAAAAUUGUUUAGAUUUCUCACAUUAUUUCUUAACAAUAAAAAACAACAAAAAAUGACGAUACAUUGGUUUUAUUUUUAGAUUUUGAAUGGAGCGAAGAAACUUAUAGUUUAAAAAGAUGUUUAUUUUAUUAUUAUUUAUUUUUUUCUGUGAACAACUUUUCUACCAGCAAUUUUGUUCCGAUUUACAAUGAAAGAACUUUUCACUUAAAGAAAUAUGACGAGAGAUAUUUUAAGGAGGUCAUUUUUCGAUUUUCCCAGAAAAUGUGGAAAACUGGGAAAAACGUAGUAAAAACGGGAAAGUCGGUAUAAUAAUCAAAUAUUUUUAAAGAAAAUAUAUAAUACCUAUUUAACUUUUUUACCAUAAUAUGACAUAUGUAUAUAUAUAUUGUUGAAAAAGCAUCAAUAUCAACUGAAAUCCGCUUAGAAUAUUUUUUUUCGUUAGCAAUUGUUUAUCGUUGUUUACAAGUAUACAUUAAAUUACCUAUAACAGUGGCUGCACCCGACACCAUUAUCCUAAGACAGUUUUUGUUAAUUUUUAGGUUACCUUGGAUACAAGGGGAAAACCUCGAUUAAUACCAUAGUAGUAACCUUACUAGUUUAUCGAUUUCCUCUCAGAAUCGUUUUUCUUUUGUAUUGUAAUGAUUUAUCGUUGAUUUUAGCAGGUAGGAAUAUAAAUUAAAUUACCCUACAUCCAAUACUUACUAAAUAGAAGCAUAUCCAGUUUUUGUUAAUGGUGUACAUCAAGCAUUUUAAAAACAGUUAAUUUUUUUGGCAAUAUUUGAACACUGGUUUUUAUUUCUGACCGCAGUUGGGAAUGUAUUGAUUUACUUAUAGAGUAAAUUGAAGGUGGCGUUUUAUAUAUUUAUUCAGAUAGCAUUUGUUGCUUCAAUUAGUUUUAUUUAAAAAUUCCCUCUCUAUAUUAGAUACUUUAUGGUUCUAAUUUAUAUGCACUUGUUUUAGAUUCCAAGCGACGAAUCGAUUAAUUUUACUAUGAUGUGAUUUACUAUGAUUUUUUUUCUAAAUGUCAAAAACUUAGCUAGCAGAAAUCUUGCUCCAAUCAAAAAAUAACUAGAGCUUUUUUGUAGCAUUUUGGAUUUUGUUAGUGCACUGAACAAAUCAUUUUUUGAUUUUCCAUAUGCAAGUAUUUUUCAUAAAAAUUGGGAAAAACUUGGAAAACGUAUGGGGAAAACAUACAUAUUUACGAAAAUAAAAGUUGUAUUAUUUUUGAUUUCGUUUUCUACCAGACAUCUUAUAUUGUAAAUCAUUUACGAUGUAGCUGCUUUCUGAAACAUGUUUUGUCUGGUUGGUGCGUAAGAAAUUCGUUUUCUGAUUUUCAAUGUAGUUGUUUUAGUAAUAUUGGGAAAAUACAGGAAUUCUUCAGUAUUCAUGAUUUCAUUAUUUUCAGUAUUGUUUUAUUACUACAAUUCAGUUUAAAAUAACCAUAGAUAUAGACCUGAAAUGUUUACAUAAUAUACCUAACCUAAUAAGCUAAUAGGUAAUACUUUUUAUAGACGUGCAGUUAAAUUGUAUUUUGUCGAUUUUUUAGUUAUAUUUAGUUUUUUGUGAAUAAAAACGUUUUGACCUAGUAGACGUUUUUAAAAAUUUUCUCAAGAGUCAAAAUUGAUAUAGCCAUAAAGGUACAGAAGCAUUUAAAAUUUCCACAUUAUACUUAUAGUGUUUAAGUAUAGACUGUUGUAAAUUGAAUUCGUUUUAUAUUAUUUGUAUAUUGUUUUUAUUUACCUACCUAUAUACUAUAAUAUAGAGAAUUGCGGUUAUAAGUAAAAUUAUAUUGUUUGUUAUUUCGCCGAAGAAAUAAUGAUUCUUCUACUGUAGUGAUUUUCGUUGUGGGUACAUAAAUACGGGAAAAUUAUUGUGAAAUCAAAUUGUGGUGUCUAAAAGUGGUUAAAAUUCGAAUUGUUUCCGCCUUCAUUUGCCGUAUAGCAGUGUCAUUAUAAUUAUUGUGAUCAUGAGCUAUGAAUUAUGUGAUUAUUCCUCACUAAUCACAGUUCGGGACUGUAUAUUAUUAAUGAUGAUGAUGGUUUCCAUAUUGUUUAUAUGUUGGGCAUUAUUUAUCUAACCAAUCAUAGACAUUUUCGUUUCGAUUUAAUAAUCUUAUUACUGUUUCGUAUUUUUAAAAAAUAAAAAUAAUAUAUUCUCAGCUAUAAUAAUUUUUGUGUUUUUUACUAUUUUAAACAUUUCUUUUCGUGAUUUCAAUCUUAUAUCUCCGGUAUGACAUUUUUAUUCUUGUAUCAUCAUUUCUUCAUAUUUAUAGGUAUGCCAUAUGCCCUCAAUACUCCUCAAAUUAUACUAGUAUAAUAUAACAUUGAACCCCACAUAGUUUUUCUUUGGCUUACCUGACUUAUUCCGUUUUCUUCAUUUAAUUCGGCCAACUUUUUGUGGUAUCCAAUCCGGCAUAUUAUAUAUUCUUUAAUUUAUCCUAAAUUAUAUCAUAUUCAUUUUUAAUUCUAUCCAACCUGAGUCCUGAAGGUCACAGCGCACACGUCACAUCAUAUUCUCGCAGUUAAUAUUCCGUUGUACAUAUCUAUACAUUCAAACCCCACCAUAGGCCUCUGUGAUAGCUUUUUUUUUUUUAAAAAAAUGUCCCUUUAAUCUUAUAAUGUUGUUUUUUACCUCGAUUUGUAUAUUUCCAUGUAAUCAUAUGAUAUAUUAAAAUAACUAUAUUAUUAUUAUUGCAGCGUUACACAAAGCGUAUACGCUGUAGCUAUACGUUUCGAUACGAUUUUCUUAUAACAUACAGGUAGAUUAUCCAUCGAGGAGAAAAAAAAAUGGUUUCAAUUAUACGAAUAAUAACAAUAUUUAGGUAGGUAUAAAGGCACAUAUAGCGAUCAAAAAUAAUAUAACGAUUCGUUUGUUUCGCAAUGUCGGAAUUGCUUUAUGUUUUCAGUGAAUUAUGUUGUGUCCGAGAACAUUUACUGCUGUCACUGUCAUCGCCGCGAUUAAUCGCAGGCAAUUGCGUUUUGUGCAACCCGGGCGGGCUUUUAUGUCCCGAUAAAUACCUAUGUGCGCACGAGAUGUGAUUUAUUAUAUUUAGUUUUUCCAUUUGUAACACCGCCGCAGACAGACAUUGUAAAUGGUUCAAUCGACGUCGGUCGAUUAAAAAAUAAAAAUCGAUAAAAAAAAAAAAAUACUCCUUCUCUGCAAUACUUGGGUAAACGAAUCGAAAUGAAAUAUCCUCAACAAUAAAACACGUAAUCCGUUGAAAGUAUAUAGAAACUCAAUGUCGAAGUUUGACACGCGAUGAGUAUAGGUACCUAUUAUAAUAUAGAGAGAUCCGUUUUUACAAUGUCCGGUUAGUGCUAACCGGUAAACACUGUCGAUUCACUCGUGGUUAGGGGUAAUCAACACUUUAUGGGACACGGUAAGAACCGAAGCGAGUGUAUCUGCAGGAUUUGACAAUUUCCUGUAAAUGUAAUUGCAUACAAGCAAUUAUCAAAUUAUCUUCCUUGCAUAUAAGUAUAAUAUGUAGAGUAUGAUUAUGCACAUAAUAUAUUAUUAUAAUAUACGUUUGUUUUUUACACGGUAGUAGAGUAUUAUCCAUACAUAUAUUGUAUACAAAUAUUAUACGGUAGUAACACUUUCGAUCGCGUAUACCAGUUGCAAAACGACAACAACUGUUUAUUUUUAUUCUAAUCGCGUGUUACCUGUAAUCGGACUGGUUAUUAUUCGAGACCGGAAUUUAAAAAAAUCUACUAAUAUAUAACGUAAAAAUCGACUAGGAUAUCUCGAAAAUUUCACGACUUGGUAUUAUAUUUAUAUAGUCAUAUGCAAAUCGCAUUAUAAAACCUAAACUUCUAUUCAUAUUAUUUCAUAUAGGUACGUAUAUAUAAUAAUAUUGACAUCAUAGUUGUUAUUGUUGUUUUAUUUUUUUUUUUAUAGUCGCAAUAGUAGACAUUUUUUAUGGACAUUAAAAUAUACUCCACUACUACAGUAGUGGUGCAAUAUUAACUCUCCUCAAAUCUAAAAUUAAGAGUGGAAUUUUUUACAGGGACGUACUGACCAUAUUAUAGUCUUCUAUAUACCGGCCGCUUCCCGAAUUUAGUUUGUGGGCAGUAUAAUAAUAACUCGUUUAUCCAUAAGGUUUUUUCUCCACUCAUCAACUUUAGUGGUGAUUUCUAAUAGAAACUGUUUUUAAGCUGGUACAUUGAGGAGGUCACAUUUUCCUUGCAAUUUUCUGAAUUAUGCGAGAAAACCGAAUUGUUAUCGAUUUUGUUUUUUUGUUUUGUAUUUUGAUGAAAAAUAAUCGUAGAAAUGUGAAUUUCAUACUGAAUAUACUUAUAUAAAUAUUAGCAGUUUCAAGACGUAAAAUUUUCGAAACUUUUUGUAAGUUAUUUAUUUAUUUAUUUUUGUAAGUUACUUAAAAAAAUUUCAAAUUUUCUAAAUCGCGAUUGGUUUUAUGUAGAUAUAAUUUUAUUGAUUAAUAUAAAAUCAAAAAAAUUCGAAAUGAUUUUCAUCAUAAGAUGUAAUUAGAUCACAAGUUGUAUUUGGUGUUAAAAUAAAAGCUAAGUUUAAUACGUAAUAAUUUAUUUUUAUAUGUAUAUGUUACGGAUAUGUUGUAAAUUGGAUAAUGUAUUGUUUUCGUUUAAUUGAACCGAUUUUGUGUUGUUAUAGUUAUAAUUUUAGAGUGAAUUAGGCUAUUAUCAAACUUAAAGAUAACAACAUUGAGGUUGAUAAUAGGCAAAUUCGCUCUAAUAUUAAAAAAAUAGCACAAAAUCGGUUUUAUCGGACGAAAAGUUGACAUUAUCCAAUUUUCAAAAUUAGUCGUGACAUACAUACUGUAUUGUAGGAUAGACCUUCCCCAGUCCGCCUCUAUACAUAAGUAAUAAGUAUACACUAUUACAUGCUGCACUUGCGCUUUAUAUGCUUUUUGAAAAUGCUUUUUUCGUAUACAAUAAUCCUGGAAAUCGUACAUGUAGAAAAUAUUUUUUAAUACAUUCGACCGUCACAAACAGGAAGUACGGGCGAAUUAUUAGUUUGCUUUGCAUAUUCGAAGGUUGGUUAACCCUCAUUGAUUCGUGUUCACCUUAUAUUAUUACACCUGUCAGUAGAAACUAAUUUGUUCAAUACCGCGUUAAAAACAAAAUUCCACAACAAUUACAUCACAGACACUACUGUUUUUACGCGAGAAAAACUACAAUAAUAUUAUUAUCAACGGGGUUCGAAUAAUAAUAUAAGAAUAACGUAGGUACUUUAAUGUAAUGUAAUACUUUAAUAUUUUAUUUUUAUUUCUAUUACAGUACCUAUUAUUGAGAAAAUGUGGUAAGAAAUGGUAAUUUAAAAAAUACCCAAGUUUCUAUCUUAAAAAACGAAAAACCGUUGUUAAACCACACACGCAUCACUUUAUAGCGUUGCAUUACGUUCAAAUGAUUAAAAUCUAUUAUCAACAUUCAUGAAUCUAGAAAAAAAUAUUGAUUUAAAUAUUAUAUUGACUGUACACGUUUUUUGCAGUUCGUGAUUUUACUACUUCGUGGUGUCUAAUUUAAAACGUAGGUACACCUACGUCAGUGUACGCAACAAUACAUGAAUAAAAAUGUGUUUUUUAAAUUUAAUUUCACGGGAAAAACCAAAAUAAAUCAUCCGGGGAAAUUAUAGGAAAAAAAUUUAAUAAAAAGUGUGUUAAUAAUUAAAAUAUUUGUAAACGUAUAUUUUUUGAAUUUUCCGGUUUCAUUACUUAUAUUAAUCAUUUAGUAAAUAGUUAAAAUUAACUUAUGACCUAGCCUACAAACUGACAUUAGGUAUGUAUUAUAUUAUAUAAAAUGUUUUAAGUAUCAAUAAUUUAAAAGAAAUAAUUACAAAUUAUUCGGCUUCGAUACGCCGCAAUAUUUCAUACAAACGUUAAUUAGAAUUAUUCGAAACCAUAUUUUUUUUACUAAUUACGAAUUGAAAUCUUUACAAUUAUAAGUAAUACUAUUUUUACUUUAACAAUAUUGUACUUAUACCUACCAAUAUAUUCUAAGAACAUCAAUUUGACAGUUUGUAGUUAAUUUGUUUUGAACAUUUUAGUUCGGAACGGCCUUGAUGAUUAUAAGAAACGUUACAGUUACUAUAAUUAAUCAAUGUUAAUUAAAGGUCACCACGAUAUUGUGCCGAGUAAUCAAAUUAGGUUCUAAACGCCGUUUUAAUAGCAUAACACAAUUCACUUGAUUCCGAAUUAUAAAAUAAAUAUUGCACAACGUUUUAUUUUCUUAAUUUUACAUGCACAUUUAUAUUUUAUGGUCACGGUCGUCGAACACAACUGCUAGGUACACCAAGAGUUUAAUAUUUGUAUUUAUUCGGUCCAAUAUAUGAAAUUAAAUUUAUAUAGCAUAUUAUCCGCAGGAUUAUACUAAAUUAUAUUCUCUGUGAAUAUUAUAAUAAUGCUGUGUGUGAUAAUAUCAUGAUAUAUUACAUUAUAGCGUUCGUAUUUUAUAUAUUAAUAAAACCAUUUUUUAAACCAUGAGCAAUGAUAAUUGUUUGUUUGUACUAUUCAUCUUAAAACAUAAUUAUUGUCAGAAAUGUAUUUAUGGAAUAGAGGAGGUGGCUAAGAGAACUGUAGUCAACACCCUUUCCUUUAAAAAAUUUCCCAAAAUACCCGCUGGUCCAUGAGAUUUCCUCAAAAACGUCGUUAAUAAUCGACCUAUUACCGAACAAAUUUUUAGUUAGGUAUUGAUAAAUUUUAAUUAGUUAUUAUAUACCUGUAUAAACUUAAAAUUAAAUCGUUACAAAUUUUUUUUAAAAAAAUUCAAACUUAUUUUCCUUUUAAAAUCAUAAAGAGAAAACAUAUAAUUUCUCCAAACUCCCCCUCCCCCAAUACAGUUUAAAUAAAACUUUAAGAAUAACAAAAACAAAUAUUUAAAUCCAAUUUUCAUUAAUAUUAUUUAUAUUAAUAAAUAAUGAAUACAAAUAUUUAAUAUUAAAAUUUCAAAUAAAUACUAUUUCAUUAUUUUAUAACAUAACUGCAGAUACCUCCUAUGAUUUCAAAAAACCCGUCGAAAUUGAUUAUAAUUCUGUGACAUCACUACUCACUACCUAAAUUACUUGUAGUUUUAUACAUAAUAAUCUAUAGCUAGAUUGUGUAUCUACAGAAAUUUAAUUACAUUUUGUUUUGCACUCAAGGAAGUUAGGGCUUGAAAUGAGCCACAACUCAAUUCCGGUUCACAUUUUCACAAACAAAAAAAAAGUUUAUCAUAUAAACAUACUAUAUAUUAUAUUACAUAAGUAUUUAAAAAAAAUAAAUAUGUCUUCAAUACAUUUUCCAUUUUAAGCAUUGGUGAAAGAGUUAAAAUAGAUUGGGCAGGUAAGUCUUUCCUCUAUGUGCAAAUCAUGGAGAGAAAGAUAGGUCUCAGGAAAUAUAGAUGGAUGAGUUACAUCAUCUAUAUGUUUCCCCCCCCCUCUUCACAUAAAAAAUAGUUCCUACGCCUCUGUUUUAAUGUUGCACCCAAUUAAAUAUCUAUUGGUCUUCAGGUAUUCUAAACAUCACGUAUCUGAUGUUGAACGGUCGACAAUUUAAAUGGUAUAUAAUGCAUAUUUGAUUACAACACGAUGAUUGUUUUUGAUAUUUCGGUUACAGCAAAUAAUAAUCUAUGGCGAUAUUUUAAUUAUACAGUGAAUAAACGCAGAUCACAACAGAAUGUUAUGGGAUUAUGUGGACUGCAGUGAAAUGGAGUUUCAAUAGUUAAUAAUACACAGUUAAAAGAUACUUCUCGUAUUUUGUAAAUGAUUCGAUCUAAAUAAAUGCCAGUUUACUCGAUGUAUAUUAUUAACAAUAAUACUAGUUUCCAGAUUUCUUUCAAGCUUUGAAAACAUUUCUCCGAAAUAGACUAUAGGUAUACGAUAUAGAAGAGAAAACGAUCAUGGAAAUUGAGUUGUAGUCUGUACCUAUCAUUAAUAAUGUUAUAUAAUAUGGAUUCAGCUAUAGGUAUAGCUAUAGGCAUGUGUCGUUAAUAGUGACCAUUAAAAACUGGUAUAUACGAUAGUAAUAUUAUUAGUACUUUUUCAAUUAAAAAUUAAAAUGGAUCGUUUUAUUUAUUACUAUGUAUUAUAUAGUAUACUUAGGUCAUUGGAAAAACUGGUUCCCUCGGAAACACAAGAAACUGAAUCCCAACGUGGCGUGUUGGAUUCGAAACAUUUUUACAAUAUAGAUUAUAGACACACAUUAAUGCGCCUAAAAAUACAAUAACACGGGUACAUUUUUAAUUUUAUAAAUAUUCUUCAUAUUUAAGAAGAAAGUUUUGGGAAGGGUUUUCGGUCUAUACGCAUUGAUAAAACAAGUGACCAGAGGAUGAGGAAAAAUGAAGGAACUAAACAACUGUGAAUAUUGUAUUUAAGAAAAACGAAGAAAAGAUUUAAAUAGGUUGGGCAUUCAUAGAGUAAGAUAGGUGCACACUAAUUCAUGAUUGGGGAGAAUUAUUCUUGUCAGGAUAGUUUUAAUUGGCUACAUACCAAAAUAAAUAAGAUUAUUUAUAGAUGAUGAAUAUCAUAAAUAUAAUAAAUAUAUACAAUAUUAUAUAUAAUUUAAUUUUUCAACCGUAGAUUUUUCGUUUUUCCUUUCUUUUUCGGGUUACAAAACAAGUUUUGGGGCCAUCCCGUCAUACAUAUUUCUUGACUAUAUCUUCCCACCUCCUCGAUGUUCUAAAGAGUUUUUCCCUGUCAAGUUCUUUUCAGCACUGUACGUACUAUCUUACUAGCUUAUUAUAGUCUAUUAUUUCCGAUGUUCUCUACCAUGUUAGGCUUCUGAUACAGCGAUUCAAGUUUCUCGUUUUUUUCUUAUCCUCGACUCUUCAGUUCUAUGCAGUUACGGGGAAAACAGCAGACUCCGUCCACCCACGAACGAACACCGUACAUUGUUAUUUUACAAUAUUUUGACAGAAAUAAGUCGUACCUAUACACAUAUAUGUAAAUUUUGAUAAUCGCUAUUCACUACAACUACAGCACUGUAUACCAAAGGGUUAACGACUCGAGAAAUGUAUUAUAAUAAUAAUAUUAUCCAAACAUAAUAUUACAUUAUCUAUGUUUUAUUAUUACUAUGCCGGACACGUUUGUAUAAUAAUAUAUGCGACCGCCGUGGCGGCAGCGGCGGCGGCGGCGGCGAUACCGAUAUAGUGUGCCUGUAUAGUAUAUAGUGUGUGGUAUACCUAGGUAAGAUCGAGUACGCAGGACGGCUAUUGUUGCGAUAAAUACGUCUAUUUAUACAUUUGGAGGUUAUGCGAACCCUCGUCUCCGUUGAUUAUUAUUAUUUGUAUAUUGUGCGCGUAACUACCUAUCUAUGUGCGGCCGAAACGUGCUCGUAUAUAUUAUUAUUAUUAUUAUUAUUAUUACUACCUAUAUACCAUAGGUACCUUCGAAGACAAGAAGACGUGUGUGUGUGUGUGCGUGUGUGCAACGCGCUCCAUCAUAGUAAUAAUAAUAACAAUAAUAAUAAUAAUAAUAAUAUAUUAUAAUAAACCCCCCGCGUAUAGUAAUAAUCUACAACGGCAAACGCAGUAGCGCGGUGUUCGGACUCGAAAAUCUGUGUUGUCAGUUUAGUCCGUUCCGGUCCGUUACGCGGUUAAACGUUUUCCUCGCUAUUCGCUGGUGUCCGAUACCGGCUACUUAAUAGCAAUCAAUUUUACCGCGCGUUUUGACAAAAACCGAUUUGAUAAGCACACGCCUUAUAAUAAAAUAAUAAUACACACCUAUAUAUAUAUAUGUAUGCAACAAUACCCGAAAACUACGAAUAGUAGUUAUAUAACUAUUUCUAUUGGCGCGUUUCGUUUCGUUUUAAUAUUCGUGUAUACAUUUAUUAUUAUUUUUUUUCUGUUCUCGUUUUAGUAUAACAUACAAACAAUCAUCAUGGUGCCAUAUAGGUUAUUGUUAUUAGCGGCGGUAGUAUUGCAUACGCUUCACUGCGGGAUCGCGGCCGGAGCUUCCGGGCCGAUGGACGUCGAGUACAGCUGGGUGUUCGUGGACUACACGUUCCCCAGCCCGCAACACCGGGAAUCGGCCGUAAAAUCGGGACGGUUCAUACCGGAAAACUGUGUCAUACUGGAUGUGGACGUGUUUCAAGGUAUGUAACGAACAAUAAUAUAAUUGUACAGUAGGUUGGUACACGGUAUUAACCGGUAAAAAAGUAAACAGAAUAAUCGCGCGCGCGUUACCCUUGUGCGGGACAGAACGCGCGCGAUAAACGAUUUGCCCCACGCCCACCGAUAAUAUUAUAUUGUUGUCUUUCGCAAUCGCCAAAACGCGAUUUACGCACAGCUAGGUUUCAAAUCCACGUUAUAAUUGAUACGUAUAUAUAUAAUAUAUAUAUAGGUGUAUAAUUGCGGUUGUCUCGUUUGUCCGGCGGUGUGUAAACUGAUAAUGAUAUUUUAUAGGUGUUUGUUUUACGGAAUUAGUCGGGCACCAUGUCGCGUUCAAUAUGAUACACGUAUUAAAACGUCCAGGCGCAAAAAUAUCGCCCUUCUCGGUUUUUUUUUUCAAUUCCAUAUCCUGCGGGCGUAACGAAAUCUCCCGAUAUCAUACAUUUUUUUUUUAUUUUUUUUAUAAUCUUUUAAACCGAUCGUUAUACGUACCUAUAAUGUUUAAUCAAAAUAUUAUUAUUAUUUCGUCAUAAUGUAUAGGUAUGUAGUAUGUACGUAUACCUAUACGAAAAUUAAGUAACGCCAUGUUUGUAUUGCGCAUUUUGUUUGUUUCACAAAUAAUAAUUUAGUAUUAUCGUAGGUAUAGGUAUGUUUCAUUAUUUAAGAAAAAAUAAAAAUGAUUGACAAACCGAGAACGUUAUUGUAAUGUACAAUGCACACGCCUGUUAUUUCGUUUGAUUCAUAAUAUUUCGCUCGGCCAAUAAUAAUAUUCGAUAAUAUCACAAUAAUUAUGUAUAUUUUAACCGCGUAAAAUCGCAUUCGUUCAAAAUACAUAAAACCCGUAGUAAGUUCACAUCUACAAUUGCAACGUGUAUAUUAUGUAUGUAUCAAUGAUACAUACAUUGCAUCAUCCUAGAUCCUAGAGAAUUAAAGAGCGUAAGUUAAUUUUUGGAUUUUUUUUUAUCGUUUUGUUUUCAUAAUUAUUUUUCCAAUCAUAAAAAAGUGUAAGUCAUACUAUAUUAUAUAACCGUUUAACGAUUUUUAAAUUCUCAACGUUUAAUUUGCUUGUAUAGAAAACUAUACCAAUUUGACUUACCAGACGUCUUUCCUGAGACCAAAGAUAUAAUAUUUAUAAGUAUAUUAGUUGAGACUUGGUCCAAACAAAAUUGUUUUUUAAUAAAUUGAGAAUUGAAAAUUGGAAGUUGGAAAAAUAAAUUCACUACCGUUAAGUCCAAAAUUGUAUUGUAAUACUUUUUUUUUAACAUUGGCCCUACUUACCAUAUUUUUAUACUUCUAAACUACAGAUGCACAUUAAAAUAAAGUUGACAGUCAGUUAUUUGAAGAUUUUUCUCCAACUUUGUAAAAUUUGAAAAUUAUUUUUAAAAUUUGAAUGGCCACCUUAAUGAUAACACUAAUAUACUCUGCCCGAUACCCAUUUAUAGGAGGAAGGGAUAAAACCGUUUUUAUGGAUAAAUAUGACUUCACGAGAAUAGAAAUAUAGUACUAAUUGGCAAUUUAACAUUUGUUUCUAUUUUUAUUUUAACUGAUAAACGGCAACAUUAUACAGUCCUCAUUGAACUCCGAUUUUUAUUUGAUUUCAAAUAAUGGUAUAUAUUUAUGUAUAUAAAAAAAACCUUAUAUUGGUUUUUUUUUUUUUUUUAAAGGCAUAAUAAAUGUUAAAAUUAAAAUAUUGAAAAAUCAUCAAAAUCAACGAGGUAUGAGAGUUUUUUCCGUAAGGUAUAUUUUCGAUCUAAAAACUGCGCUUGCACUUAAUGUUCAAAAAUGAAAACCUGUUGAUGAUAAUCUGUCUUACAUAAUUUAAUUGUACUAAAUUAUUUUUUGGUCGUGUGAAAUUUUUUUUAAAAAAGUACUCUAACAAGAGGAUAUUUCCUCUUGUUAUGUCUGCAUUUAAUAUUAAUUUUUUUUUCACUUCUCAUAUUUUAUAACGUGUUAAUUUUACCGCGGUUUAUAGUAUUAAAACAUCGUCUUAAUACCGUCGCUGCCGCUUACAUAAAAACCUAAUAUUAUAUUAUAUGAACGAUAUAAAUGUGAAACAAUAGGUGGAUACCACUUUUCAUAUUUUACUGUUUUUUUUUCCAGAUAUGUCCGAACAAACACUGUACUAUGGGGCAACGGGAUCGACUCCAAAUUCUCUCACUAAAACGCGAGUGUUUUUGACAAUCCCUCGUAUCAAACCAGGAAAUCCCGCGUCGAUCGCUGAAAUAGUCCCCGGGAACCGGCCUAAUUCCGUAUUGUUGGCACCGUAUCCCAACUGGAAAGCAAACGUCGUUUCGGAAGACAAAUUGAAUUGCGACGAUACUAUCGUAUCCGUGUUUAGAACGAAAGUGAGUGAGCGCUGAACAAUAUCGUUUUAACGUAUCAUAUGUUUAUUAAUUUAAGAAUAAAAUAUGGUUUUAAACCCAAAAUGUAUAAUUGCAUUAACAAUACAUAUAUACACAAAUGUAAAGAACAAAAUAAAUUUACAAGACCAACAGUUUUAAAAGUAUUUUAAUGAUUAUUAAUCGAUUUAUCAUGGUAACACUUAAUCGUAUUGUACCGUGGUUUUAGAUCGAUAUUCUCGGCCGGUUUUGGAUCGUCGACGUCGGUACUCUUGAUCAAUUUGAAAUUACUGCGCGUUCCGUGUGUCCCCCAAAAAUUCUAAUAUUUGACUUGAAAAACGGCGAUAAACUCAUAAGUGAGUAUAUCAAAUCUGAAAAUUUCAAUUUUAGAUACUAUACCUAAUUUAUAUUUUAUAUUUUUUUUACAGAAAUGUACAAAUUCCCACCGUCGCAAGUGAAAGAGCUGUCAUUGUUCACGAACAUCGAAGUAGACAUUAGAGAUCCCAAAGGUCGAAACACAUUCGCUUAUAUAGCCGACACGACCGCGUACAAACUUGUUGUUUACGAUUUUAAAAACGACGACAGUUGGGUAGUGGACCAAGCGUAUUUCUAUCCUUAUCCGAACAAAGCUCAUUUCAAGAUCAACGGAGUGAACUUUGACUUAAUGGACGGCGUAAUAGGCUUAGCAUUAGGUAUGAUAAUUGGGGUUUUUUAGUACUCGCUACUGUUCUCUUCAGAUAUACCUCACUAAUUUCUAUUACUAUUUAUUUUAUAUUAUAGAUCCAAUCAUAAAAAAUAAUCGAAAAUUGUUUUUCCAUUCGUUCGCUAGUACGCGUGAAUCGUGGGUGUACACCAGUACCUUGCAAAAUAAAUCGCUAUUCGAAAACGGUUUGAUCGACGGGUCCGGUAGGUUUUUCGUGUCUUCGGAAGUCCGAGAAGUCCAAUCUAGCGUCGAAGUCAUGACAAACAACGGAGUGCUUAUUUACGCAUCUAUGGACAACCGUUUAGUCUGUUGGAACAGCCAAGAUCCAUUUACGGCCAAUAAAAUCUAUACGGUUUACGAGGUAAUAAUAAUUUUAAUAAUACUCUAAAGAGGUUGGAAGCGGUUUUUCAAAUUUUCUCCCAUUUUAUAAAAUUUGAACAUUGUUUUGUUAACUUUUAAUGACCACCUUAAUGGUUAGAUUUGUUUCACUAAUCUACUGACCUAUCUAACUACCCCGAUAUCAAUUGGAGAAAGAUUUCGGCUGUUAAUAUGACAUAUUAAAUCAACAAGCUGUAGUAAAACUAAUUUACUAUCGCUCUCGCUCUGUUUUAAUUUUGAAAAUAUAUUUUAAUUCUUGGAUUUCUUGUAUACAUUUUAUAGGAAACAUUUUUUUUAAUUUUUUAUUUAGUCAAUUUAGUUAAGUUCGAAAUGAAUGUACCUGUUUUGUUAAAAAUAAACUCAUAACAAAUAGUGUAAUAAAACAAAAAAAAUUAAAAUAUGCUGCUUGCAAAACAUAGAGAAGAAGUGUACAAAGUCAAAUUAUUUUUUAAAACAAAAAUUAUUGGACUACUGAAAGCUUCUUGAUCUAAAUGUAUGAAAUAACAAAUCGCUUUCAUUCAUCUUUGCGUAACACUUUCAAUAGAUAGAAUUUUACUAAAUUAUAUUUCGUGCGUAAAAUUAUGUUUUAUUACUCAUUUUACGUUUCGCUAAAAAUAUACAGAAAUUUCUACACGCGGAAAAAUGAAGUUAAAGAGAAUUCAUCUUUUUUGAUGUUGCAACUUUAAAUUGUUUAUAUAAUAAAUCUAUAUAUUUUAAUUUGUUUAUAUAGAGCGACGAAGAUUUUCAAUUUCCCAGUGGCAUGAAACUCGUUAACGACAAAGUAUGGGCGGUGUCGUGUCAGCUUCAAAAUCAUUUCACUACAAUUGCCACGGACCGGCAAUCGGUCAAGUACCGAGUGCUCGUCGGUCGAGUGGACGAACUGAUCAAAGGCACGGGAUGCGAUAAAAGGUCGGCGGCAAUUCCUAAAGGGUCGCAAAAUUCUUUCGCUUUUAACAAUAAUAAGCUUGUUGUAGGCAACCGGCGGUCGGUAACUAGUAGCAACAGACAGUACUAAAAAUAUUAUAGUACGGUACUACGGUAUAGCAAACGUACUCGCUUCAAUAUAUUUGAUAAUUUAAACAUUAUUAUUAUUAAAAUCUUAUUUGUCCGUAUAUAUUAUAGUUUUCACACAUUUGUUGUGCUGAUUAUACAAUAUACAUAUAAUACAAUAAUGAAAAUAUUGAUUUACACGAUUACCUACAAAUUUACGAAAAAUAAUAUCUAACCUUGACACAGAUAUAUUUAAAUUAACUAGACUAUAUAAUACUUACGUACAUAAACGACUACUAACAAAACUAAACAACUGUAAGAUUAUAUAUUUCCAAGGACUAAUACCUGAAUAUUAUCCUUAUAAUACACUGACGACGUAAGUGACAAACUAUAUAUUAUUAUUUAUUAUUUAUUAAUUUAAAAUAAAUUGUGUACAUACAUAUAUAUAUAUAUAUACAUAUAAAUUAUUUAUUUAUUUAUUUAUUGAAAAAAAAAACACAUUUUGCUGUAAAUAAAUUAUAGUAUUGUUGCUGCACCACAAUUAUUCUUCGUAUUUUUUUUUAUAAAAUAUUGCUUCAAAUCUUUAUAUUAUUGUGGACUACAGGUUUCCUUCGCUGUGUAACGGGUUAUUCCUUACGGUAUAAAACCUCGAGAAUGUGGUAGAUACAUAUUAUAUUAUAUAUAAAUUAUUUUAUUUUGUAUUUUAAUAUAUAUACAUACAGGAUACAAUUCGACGAUACCAACGAUGACGAGAUACUGGUAGAAUCUUUCGAGGGUAACAUGUUGCGCGAAUGGCGUGCGCCACCGGAAAUGCCGUGGAGCUACUCUCGGAUAUCCAGGGUGUUUGAGAACAAGAACCGCAAGGCGCCCGGGAAAUCGUUGGUGUUGACCGGGAAUGUAAACUUACACAACCCCAGGAAGUCGACUGCACUGUCGUACGAUUGCAGGAUGAGUUUAACAGACGGUCAACCGAACAGUCCGAACUGUUUGGGCAAGGCUAUGACGACGACGACAACAACACGACGGAGAAACCGGAUAAAAAACGUACCGGGUCCCUUGAGGUGAUACCAAUAGUAACUGUAAUAUAUAUAUAUUGCAGAUAGUAUAGCUUUUGUAAUAAUAUCAUAAUAACUGUUGUCAUUUUACUUGUAUAGUUUCUGCGAAUAGUCUACAAAAUUAUAAUAUGUGUAGGCAAUAACACUACGUCAUAUUUUAUAAUUUUUUUUGUAAACCACGCAUAACAUUCGUGAGAUGUAUAACCUAAUUAUUUUAUCCAGCAGCUCGUUUCGUAUAACCUAGCUGGGUACUUACACAGUGGAACUAUAACUCAUUAUUAUUUUUACAAGCUUGUUAGGAUGUAUUAUGUAAUGUAGACUGUAGCUGGAGGAUUUUACGCUAAAUAUCAGAUUAUUCAUUUAGAUGUACUUUUGAGAAAAUGUUGAACGCUAGACAAAUUGGUAUAGAUCAAUGUUUCUAAAUUUGUUUACGGUCGUAAUCUAAUAUUCAAUAAUUUAGCGGUCCCCAAAUAUAUAUUUUAAACACGGCAACUCGAUAUUUUAUAUUUUCAUUGACCCUAAAUAAUUAGUUGGUAACCCCUAAGGUAUUGCAAUAUGCAUUUAUUCGUACCUAACUAAAGAUGUGAUUAAAAUUUAUUUGAUUUUCAAAUUAAAAAGUAUACGUAUAUAGUUUGUUAUGGUUUGUUAUGGAAAUUUGAACUAAUUUGUUGCAACGUUUAAAUUCUAUAUUGUAUUAUAUUAAUAUGAUCUAUUCGUUAAGUUUAUGACAUUUUAUCAUCGUUAUUAUUUUCACUUAAUUUCAUUUUUGCUUUUUUAAAUAUUUGAAUCUUUGUUAUAUCUCUAGUAUUAUAAUUUAUAACGUACAAAUACACUACGAGUAAAUUAAUAUCAUUUCCAUUACAUUAUUCCACAAGAAUAAUUAUAUUAUAUAGUUAUUAUUAAUUAUUAUACCAAUUGUGACUUAAAAUAAUAUGCUUUUUUCGUCUUCUUUGUCCAUUAAAAUAAUACAUAUUAGUUCGAAAUUAUUGAGAUAGUACAUAUAGUUUUGUAGAUAAACAUUAAUUACCUAUAUACAAGUAGGUACAUUAUUUAGUAGGUAUAAUUAUUACUUUGUAAGUAAUACAACUUGUAGUUGUUUUACUAACCAUUAGCAAUGUAUAAAAAGUUUACACGUAUAACUUAUAAGCAAACAUCAAUAUUUAUAACACAAUGCUCAAUAUUAUUACCAAUCUAGUUUUUAACAAGCUUCACAAAUAAAAAUAUUAGUUUAUUAAAUAAUACAUAGGUAGUGUUAUUAAAUAAAAUAUUUCCCAAACAAAUAAUAUAAUUUUAUUAUUAUACAAUUUAACAUGUAAAAAUACACUAUAUUUCUUUUGUAAUGUAAACAUUUUAUACAAUUUGCCAGAUUACCUCUAGAUGCGUAAUUUGUAUAUAUUUACCUAUAUGUUAAUAGAAAAUAUGUGUCAUAUAUUAUUAUUACUAGUAUAAUUGUAUACCUACCUACUUACAUUUCAUAAUUACAGAUGUACUGGUAUUAUUAUUAUUUCAUAUUUGAUAGUAAUUUAUGUACUUAUGCAUUAUUAAAAAAAAACUAUUACUUAAUAUUGUAUUUCAUUAUAUCAACUCUAUUUACUCUUGUUUGUAAUAUUAUUUAAGUUAUAUAUUAAAAUGUUAAUAUUUUGUGAUUUAUUAAAUUAUUUGCAUUGUGUAAAAA